UUAGCCCACAUCGAUUUGUGUGGUACGUUUCACGCAGGAGGACAGGCUAGUCCAAAACCUCACGAAAGAAAACGCAGCCUUGGACUAAAGCGAGAGGCUUUUUUAAAAAAAUGCAUCCACUUUAAACCAAAACCACCGAAUCAGUGCGGCUCUUUUUCCUUUUCCUUUUUUUUUGGCUCCGUUGAAAACAAAGCGAGAGUUACCCGAGAGCAAACCCAGAUGCCGAUUUCACUUUACGGGUUUCAGCUGUGUAGGAGGCGAGAGCGUCGGCGAAUGUCGCACUGCUGCUGAAACCCAUACAUAUUUCAUUGUAUUUAUUCAUUUUAAAUCAAGCAGCCUGUUUUAUUUUUUAUUUUUUUUAUUUUUUGGCCGGGAUAACGACUGAUGUCUUGACUACAAAGAGGAGAAAAGCUUCAUUUGGGCGGGGAGAUGCACCAUUUGGAGGACUGAGCUUCACUUCAGCCGACAUGGGAGAAUGAAGCAGGGUUUCGAAGCCACGAAGAUGCUGGCGUGUUUGGUUGAGCAGGGAUUUUCUGCACCCACGGCAUCAUGUUCAGUGUGAUACCACCAGCGAUGAUGCCUCUUCACCCUGGGGAAGAAUGGUUCGCCUUACUGUUGUUCCCCUUCCAGAGGCAGGGGACAUUAACGGCAGUCACUGCUGCCUCGUUACGGGGCUGCUGAACCUUUCCAAGAGGCCGGCGAUGGAGAACAUCUCCAUGGCAAACGCCUCCCACGGCUCCCGGGUGCCUCCAGAGCCGGUCACGCCCACAGCGGAGGCCCAGGAGAGUCUGCAGGGCGUCGGCCUGCCUCUUCAGGUCUUCUUCUGCAUCCUCAUGAUUGCCAUCCUGCUGUUGGCCCUCCUGGGAAACGUGGUGGUGUGCCUGAUGGUCUACCAGAGGUCCGCCAUGCGCUCCGCCAUCAACAUCCUGCUGGCGAGCCUGGCGUUUGCGGACAUGAUGCUGGCCAUCCUGAACAUGCCCUUUGCUCUGGUUACCGUUGUUACUACACACUGGAUCUUUGGAGACGUUUUCUGUCGAGUGUCGGCCAUGCUUUUUUGGUUCUUUGUGAUUGAGGGCGUGGCUAUACUGCUUAUAAUAAGCAUAGAUCGUUUUCUUAUUAUUGUCCAGAAACAAGACAAGCUGAGCCCACGCAGAGCCAAAGGGCUCAUAGUGGUCACCUGGGGACUCGCUUUCAUUUUCUCCUUCCCACUGGCUGUUGGUUACCCGUCCCUCGAGAUCCCCUCCAGGGCUCCUCAGUGUGUGUUCGGCUACAGCAGCGAGCCUGGUUACCACGCCUACGUGUUGAUACUAAUGCUAGUCUUCUUCUUCAUCCCCUUCAUGGUCAUGCUGUACACGUUCAUGGGGAUCCUGAACACCAUCCGCCACAAUGCAAUCCGCAUCCACAGCCACCCAGACAGCAUCUGUCUGAGCCAGGCCAGCAAACUGGGCCUGAUGAGCCUGCAGAAGCCCUUCCAGAUGAACAUAGACAUGAGCUUCAAGACCCGUGCCUUCACCACCAUCCUCAUCCUCUUCUCCGUGUUUACAGUGUGCUGGGCACCCUUCACUGCCUACAGUCUGGUCACGACCUUCAGCAGUGGGUUCUAUCAUAAAGACAACUUUUUUCAAAUCAGCACGUGGCUCCUUUGGUUGUGCUACCUCAAGUCGGCCCUCAACCCUCUCAUUUACUACUGGCGGAUCAAGAAGUUCCGUGACGCCUGCCUUGAUCUGAUGCCCAAGUACUUCAAGUUUCUUCCUCAGCUGCCAGGCCACACAAAGAGGCGUAUACAGCCGAGCGCUGUGUAUGUGUGUGGAGAGCACCGCUCUGUGGUUUAAAGGAAAAAUCCACCCUUUAAUACUUAAAUACUGUUAAAACAAACAAAAACGGCUGCUUGCAGCGCGUUCUGAUGGCUCAGUGGCUUGUAUCAUAUAACCACAGUGUCCUGGUUUCGAAUCCAGCCGGGACCUUUGUCACAUCUCAUUCUUUUUCCAGUCUCUUUUCACUGCAUCCUUAAGGGAAGGAAAAACGCAACAAUAAUACAAAGUUACAAAAAAAAUAAACAGCUCUUGGCGAUGUGCCUUGCAUUUCUGGGCCCAUUUUGUUGUUUUCUGAUUUUUUUUUUUUUUUUUUUUUUUUUUUUUUUAAAUCAAACAGAUAUCUGGCCAAACAUAAACUAGAGCUGAACAUGGUUCCAAAUUUUCCAGCCCAUCUCAACUUUUGGCCUUGAAAAAAUUAACAUAGUUAGCAUGAAAAGUUCUGCCCAAACCAAAGCAGAAAAUGAAUGAUAAUGGUUUAGAUAACAGCCUGAGCUCCAGUGGGACGUAAAAUAGGCCUGAAUUAAUUUCUCCAUUAGAUGAUGAUCUCACGCUAAACAAGAUAUUCCCCCUCAUGAUGCUAUAGGCUUGUAUAUCGUUUGACACAAAAGAGGAGAGGAGUCUCAUUCCUGGACAAAACAGACUGUUAUAAUAAAAUAGGCUCCUGUCUAUAAUAAAUAACUAUAGAGACAGCAUAGCUUAUUGUAAGUUGUAACAUAUUUUAUCAGAUGCGUCAACAGCUGGUGGGGGGCUAAAGGGUUAACUGUGCUGCUCUUUGGCUCUUCUGGUUCAUCAAAUACAAACUGAAAAAAUAAAAAGGUCAGGCCCAACCUGAACCAAGCAAUUAAACCAGGAAUAAAGCUUGAACUCUAUCAAACCCAUUGGGUCUCAUAAGAUUUGGAGACAGAGUUGGAAACGUUGGACACUUUUCUGCUUUCAAGAUACGCCUCUCUUUGGCCAUCUUCACUAUCUGAACAAUCUGGAAGUGUCUUAGAGGCUUGUUACACCGGUGAUCUGUUGAUGAAAUAAAGGCUAACAUUUUUUGUUUAAUCCAAAGUGGCAUCACUCAUUCGAUUUGCUGAAGCUCACUGCAAGUUUGCAAACUUUCAUUAAAACUACCUAGCUGCUAGGUUUCCCCUCUUUCGCUCGCAUCGCGCUCUGUUAGAAACAGGUGUAAAUGUCAAGCUCAAACAAAGACAACGUAAUGGUACCUCUGUAUAUUUCUAAUGCAGCUACAGAGGAAUUUAAUAGCAGUGUCAGUCCCUGGAAGCAAAGAGCAAUGGCCUCUGUCUAGACUCACCAUUUUGCACAAUUAUAGAGUACGACAUCGUAGAGGAGGCAGAGAGGAGUUUUCUGUACUAGAAGAACACGUCUUACUUUUACUAUCCUUAUCGCUGUUGCUCUGUCCGCCUCCAGACACUGCUGAGUGGAUUACGUUGUCACUCCUCUGAGGUAGGGCUGGGCAAUAAAUCAAGCAAAUGGGUGAAUGCCAGUUGAUGUUUUAAAUUGAUGCGAUGAACAGCUUAAUUGUAAAUUGAGAUUUUGACUAUGUAUGUCAUAACAUGGGGAACCCCACCUGCUGAGCACUCCAAAACAAGCCCCAGUUUGAACGUGCAUGCUCCAGAAAUACAUGUGCAAAUCACCAGUCACAUGAUCACGCAUCAUGAGUCUUGAAAAGUUUGAAAAAAAAAGAGAGAGAGAGAGACUUGGGGGGAAAACGAGUUGAGACUGUGAAAAAGAGACUUUAUUUUUUGGCUUUAUCGCCCAGUCCCACUUUGAGGGCUGUCAAAGGGCAUCCUGGGAAAUGUGAGCUAUUACUGACCGAAAUACAAGAGGACGAGGCAGGUUGAGAGGAAGUAGGGCACCCAAAAAAAGAAGUUAAAAGAACCACUUCAUGAAAUAACUCAAAAAUCACAAAUUGAUUUUUUUUCUUUUUUUUUUUUUUUUCUAUAUGAUGUAACGGUGUGAAAGUAUCCAAGGGUGGAUUUCUGCUUUAAUCCUGGACUGGGAGGACAGGUUCCCUCUUCACUGCCACUGGACUUUGUUCGACCAUAACUCCAGUCUUCUCUCAUCACUGAAACCAUGAGUCGUGGGAAACGACAGUAUGUUUUCGCUAUGUAGAAUUUAUUUUACAAGGCAUGUAUAUGAACAGCUUCUAUGGAAUUUGAAUAUGGCCAGAUAACGGCCACAACACAUUUGAACGUGUAUUUCUAUUUAAAUGUUUUGGAUGUGCCUAUUGAUUAGUCUAUUUGCCAGUAAGAAUGCUGCUAUUUCUGGUGAAAAUGUGCAAUUUCAGUGUACUGUACCUCUGUUGAAUGUAAUAAAAAAAAUAGACAUUU